GGGAGGCGAGUUCAUCUCCAGGGCUCCUAGGUGGCGUAGUCCUCAAGAAGGGUGGAGGCUGCUCUUGCCUCCUGCACCGAAGUCCAGUGCAGGGGACACGAUCGUGGCCACCUAGAGUGCCUGAUGGUGCAAUGGUUAGCAAUGCUGCAGCUUCUCUGGAUGCAGCAGCUGCUGUUGCUGGGGGCUCACCCGGGCAGCGCCCAGGAUUUAACUCUCACCCCGGAACCGGCCCUCGAGUGGCUAGAUAAAGGAAUUUUCAUUAUCCAGAGCGAGAGCCUCAAGACGUGCAUUCAGGCAGGUAGAUCCGUCCUGACCCUGGAGGACUGCAAACAGCCAAAUAAGUACAUGUUGUGGAAAUGGGUUUCAAACAGCCACCUCUUUAAUGUGGGUGGCAGUGGCUGCCUCGGCCUGAAUCUAUCCAAUCCAGAAGAGCCAUUAAGCCUGUAUGAAUGUGAUUCCACCCUCAUUUCCUUGAGAUGGCACUGUAACAGGAAGAUGAUCAUGGGCCCACUCCAGUACAAGGUCCAGGUCCAGCAUGGCAACACGGUGGUGGCGUCAUGGAAACAGACCCAUAAGUGGAUCGCCUACAUGUCGGAUGGUGAAGACAUCUGUGAGCAUCUUCACAGAGAUUUAUAUACAGUCAAAGGGAAUGCCCACGGGAUGCCUUGUGUGUUACCCUUUCAGUACAACCAGCAGUGGCACCAUGAAUGUACCCGGGAAGGGCGGAAAGAAAACCUGCUGUGGUGCGCCACUACAAGCCGCUACGAACGAGAUGAGAGAUGGGGGUUCUGCCCUGAUCCUACCUCCACAGAGGUAUUCUGUGACGCCGUGUGGCACAAGGAUUUCAAUUCACGUGUUUGCUACCAAUUCAACUUGCUUUCAUCUCUCUCAUGGAAUGAGGCACAUUCUUCAUGUCAGAUGCAAGGAGGCUCUUUAUUAAGUAUUACAGAUGAAGGCGAGGAAAACUUUAUACGGAAGCAGCUGAGCAGGGAAACCGUGGAGGUGUGGAUUGGCUUGAAUCAGCUGGAUGAAAGGGCUGGCUGGCAGUGGUCUGAUGGCACAGCGCUCAGCUACCUGAACUGGAGCCCAGAGAUAAGUGAUCGGCCAUUUGUUGAGUAUCACUGUGGAACACUGAAACCUCCCUCAACCGCCUGGAGGAGCAGGGACUGUGAGUCGGCCUUGCCUUAUAUAUGCAAGCGGUUCCUAAACUACACUGCUCAGGAAACACUUGGAAAUGCAUCAGAAACAUGGAUUGGUUUGAGUAGCAAUAGAACUCCAGCCUCCUUUAGAUGGUCCACUGGCUCCUCUGUCGUCUUAACUAACUGGCACCCUCUUGAGCCUCGGAUUUUUCCCAAGAGAAGCCAACUGUGCGUCUCAGCAGAGCAAGCUGAGGGACUCUGGAAAGUAAAAGGCUGCCAAGAAAGACUCUCUUCCGUUUGUAAAAGAGCAGGACAAGUCCUUGAUGAUGACGAAUCAGAAUGUCCAGAGGGGUGGGAGAGGCAUGGCAAAUUUUGUUACAAAAUCGACACCGUCCUGAGAAACUUUGAGGAGGCGUCCAAUGGGUAUCAUUGCCAUCCUGCCCUCCUGACCGUUACCAGCAGGUUUGAACAGGCUUUUAUAAACAGUUUCAUCAGCAGUGUGGCAAAAACAAAAGACAGUUAUUUUUGGAUAGCUCUUCAGGACCAAAACAACACAGGAGAGUACACUUGGAAGACAGCGGGGCAGAGGCCUGAGCCGAUGCAGUACACGCACUGGAACACACAUCAACCCAGCUACAGUGGUGGCUGCGUUGCCAUGCGAGGAGGAAGUCCACUUGGUCGCUGGGAAGUGAAGGAUUGCAGCAACUUUAAGGCAAUGUCCCUGUGUAAGAUGCCAGUCAAAACCUGGGAUAAAACAGAGCUCGAAAGAAGGUGGCCCUUUCGCAAAUGCUAUGCGGAUUGGGAGUCGAAGUCUGGUCUAGCCAGUUGCUUCAAGGUGUUUCACAGUGAAAAGGUCCUGAUGAAAAGAUCAUGGAGAGAAGCAGAAUUCUUCUGCGAGGAGUUCGGAGCUCAGUUGGCAAGUUUUGCCCAUAUCGAGGAAGAAGAGUUUGUGAAUGAGCUUCUACACUCAAAAUUUAACCGGACAGAAGAAAGGCAGUUCUGGAUAGGAUUCAAUAAAAGGAACCCCCUGAAUGCCGGUUCCUGGGAGUGGUCUGACAGGACGCCUGUUGUGUCUUCAUUUCUAGACAGUACUUACUCUGAAGAUGCUGCAAGAAACUGUGCUGUGUAUAAGGCAAACAAAACAUUGCUGCCCACGGACUGUGCUUCCAAACAUGAGUGGAUAUGCAAAAUCCCAAGAGGUGUGGUACCCACUUUUCCAGACUGGUACGAAUACGAUGCGCCCUGGUUCUUCUACCAGAAUGCCGAGUACCUCUUCCACACCCACCCUGCCCAGUGGGAAGACUUUGCGUUUCUCUGCGGCUGGCUACGGGGUGAUAUCCUCUCAAUUUAUUCUGCUCAGGAGCAAGAGUUCAUCCUCAGCAAAAUCAGAGUGCUAUCAAAGCACGGUGUAAAUUGGUGGAUUGGAAUUGAAGAAGGAGGAGCCAGCGAUCCAACUCAUUGGCAUAAUGGGUCACCUGUGAUAUUCCAGGACUGGGACGGAGGAAGAGAGAAGAGAACGGAUAACCAGAGCCAGCGGUGUGCCUUCAUUUCUUCCGUAACAGGGCUCUGGGGGACUGAGGACUGUUCUGUUUCUAUGCCCAGCAUUUGCAAGAGAGAGGAGAUGUGGGUCAUCGAGAAGAAGAAGCCACCCUUGCCACAUGGGACGUGCCCCAAAGGCUGGCUUUAUUUUAACCACAAGUGCUUCCAGGUGUGGAUUCCCAAAGACACCCGCGAGCUGAAGACCUGGGCAGGUGCUCAGGAUUUCUGCGUCGGCAAGGGCGGGACGCUGGUCUCCAUCGAAAGUGAAUUGGAGCAAGCUUUCGUUACUGUGAACCUUUUCGGCCAGACCACCAAUGUGUGGAUAGGGUUAAAAAGUGACAAUCACGAGACGUGGGUGAAUAGGAAGCCUGUGGUAUAUUCUAACUGGUCUCCGUCUGACGUCAUAAAUAUACCAAAUUACAAUAUCUCUAAAAUGAAAAAGCAUGCUCCACUUUGUGCCCUGAUGCUAAGUAGUCCUAAUUUUCAUUUCACUGGAAAAUGGUAUUUUGAUGACUGUGGGAAAGAAGGCUAUGGAUUUGUCUGUGAAAAAAUGCAAGAUACUCCUGAAUACCGUGCAAACGUGUCUGAUAUGCAUUCAGUCCCCAGCACAUUAGAAUUUGGAAACAGAACUUAUAAAAUCAUUCGUGCCAAUAUGACGUGGUACACAGCAAGAAGAACCUGCCUGAUGCAUGGAGCAGAACUGGCCAGCAUUGCAGACAAUUUCCAGCAGGCCUUCCUCACAGUUGUUCUCAGCAGGCUGGGACAUGCCCACUGGAUUGGGCUCUCCACCACAGACAAUGGUCUUACUUUUGACUGGUCGGAUGGCACCAAAUCCCCUUUCACCUAUUGGAAGGACGAAGAGCCCACCUUCCGUGGUGACUGUGUUUUUGCUGACACUAGUGGACGCUGGCAUAGAACAGCCUGUGAGUCUCUUCUGCAAGGCGCCAUUUGUCGUGUCCCCACUGAAACAAAGGCAUUUGAGCACCCAGUGCUCUGCCCAGAAACAUCGGUUCCCUGGAUAAAAUUUAAAGGUAAUUGCUACAGUCUUUCUACGGUGCUGGACAGCAGGAGUUUUGAGGAUGCUCAUGAAUUUUGCAAAAGAGAAGGAUCUAAUCUUCUAGCCAUCAAGGACGAGGCUGAAAAUUUAUUUCUCCAGGAAGAGCUUCGUGCUUUUAGUUCUUCUGUCCAGAUGGUUUGGUUGAAUGCCCAGUUUGAUAGUAACAAUGAAACCUUGAGGUGGUUUGAUGGAACACCCACAGACCGGUCAAGCUGGGGUGUUCAGAAGCCAACUGUAGACCCCCUACAGCCCCGUCCGUGCGUGGCCUUAAGGAUCCUGGAAGGAGUGUGGCAGUUUACCCCAUGCGAAGACCAAAAUGGGUUUAUCUGUAAAAUGGAGGCAGAUGUUCCAGCAGUAAUGGAGCAUCCAGGAAAAGGACAGAACCACAGCAUCGUUACUCUUGCCGUCUCGCUGACGCUGCUGGCCAUCCUGGCCUUUGCUGAGCUCUGCUUCUGGGUUUACAAGCAGAACAGUGGCUUCUUCCAGAGACUCACAGGGUCUCGGGGCCUCUACUACCCUACACUCAGCUUCAGCACAGCACAGUUAGAAGAAAACGUCCACAUCUCCGAACUCGAGAAGAACAGCCAGUGAGGAUGAAGUGAGGGAAUGCUCUGGCUAUAAAGAACAAAGGCGGCCACGAGGGGAGUCCUGACUGCGCUGCCCCUUAACAAGACGCCAUGAUAGUGUGAAUUGUGCCCCUGUUUUAAUUAUUUUUCAAGCACUGGUUUUUAAUUUUAACCAAAGCAGAUGAGGUUUAAUGUAUUCGUUUCCUUUAACUGUGGCCCAUUCUGCAAAGGGGCACUGGGUUAUUAUUUAGAAAGACAAGAACUACUAAGAAGAAUCCUGCAUUGAGAACUCUCAAGGCAGUCUGGUAUACAUUCAGACGUGUAAGUUCACUCAAAACAUUCAAAGAGAAAGGGGGCAGGGCUCUGACUUUAUUUGCGGGGAAGGUGCUUCUAAGAAUCAGCGUUCUGUUUGAUUCUAAUUCAAUCAUUUUUAAUAGCCUGGUUUGGGAAAGUCCUGAAUCUAAACAUCCAGGCUCUGGGCUCUCAGCUGAUACUUUGGAGGACAUUAAUUUUUAUUAGGUUUGAUUCUUAAGCAACACAGGAGAAACAGCACCUUCUCCUAAAUACAAAGAUCUUGGUAUGCAGGCGCUCUCAGGAACAACCGUGCAGUUACAAUUGUUGGGCCAAAAUUACCUCAGGGCCUGUACCUCGAGGCCUGUAGGACAAAGAAAAGCCUGGCUCAAGUUUGAAGAAUAGUCUCAAAGCUACCUAGUGGGGAUGAGACAGCAAAAUGUAGGUAGAUGCCCCUACAGCCAGAGGGAGGGCUUGGCUGUCUCUCAUUGGCUAGAGGGGCCCCUGCAUCACAUCAGCCCCUAUGUCACUUAACCUAUAUAAGCAGAUGCUCAAGGUAAUAAACUGAGUUCCUGCUUUAACUUGACCCCCUAUUGUGCCUGAUUGUCCUGCAUCUGAUUGUCCUGCGUCGUGGGGCUGCAGAACAGGCAGAGAGUGCACUCACCUUUCCCCAGGAAAUAAGGCUAAGGAGGCCCGGCACCAAUGUGGCAUAGACCCUCCCUUGCUAAGUGAUUACCGUGUUAAAGGUAUCCUCUAGGUAAGUUCAAAUGACUGCAAUGAGAGUUCAAUAUCAAUAACGUUCAUGGACCUUAUUUAAAACUAAAGUAAUAAAAUAAUAUAUAACCAUCUUAACUGGGAGAUAUAGAAUAUGCAACUCAAACCUAAAGAGAAAAAAAGUGAAGAUCUGAAUUAUACUCCCAUUAGAACCAAACGAGAAGUGAUGUUGAGGAAAAACUAACUAAAAUGACUCUGCAGUAGUAACCUAGAUACGAUUAUCAUAUGUUCACUUUGUGCAUUUAAAUAAAUUAUCAGUUUUGACUAUC